CUCAUAUAUGGCAGGAGAAGAGAGAGAAGAGCACUGAGCAUAAUGUAGUCAUGGUAACACGUUCGUCAACACCAUCACGACAGGCCGCGAGCCGCGACAGCCAUCGAGUUAAAAAGAAGAAAAAAGUUGUGUUUGUGUGACUGCAUGUGGUUGAUUGAUAGGCUCGUAACAACAGCAGGCAGUCUCUUGUUGUUACUUUUGUUAUGAACACGGUGUUAUGAAAGUAUAUUUUGUCGAAAAUUCGGAAGUGGAUGGUGAUCGCGGUGGAAUAAUAAAUCACAUAUUGGAGAAAAAGUGCAAGCUUGAAGUAUCAACAUAAUCGAAAUAUUAAUAAGAAAGUGUUGAACGAGGUUCUUUCGGAGGAUGGACAACUCGGAGAAGGACGAGGAGAGAAUCGGGACGGUAAAAUGGCCCGAGAGAGCAAACUCGAGCCGACGCGAUCAAGAAAAAAAUGAGCAAUUCCCGAAAAAUAAUGAGGGCACCGAGAACGCCGGUUCGGUGACGAGCGCCGGCAGGCCUCAAACAAGAAUCGAGAGACCUGUCUCACGAAGAGGAUUGCAAAGCGCUCAAAGUAAUAAUGUAACCGGGCGAGCAACGACGCCUGCGAGAAACGCGAUAGCGAGGCCUCCCUCGAGUUAUUCGGCGGCUCCCGCCGGCGCUUAUUCCCAACGUAUUAUGAGCGGAGGUCUGAGACUCGGAACAACAGCAAGUCCUUUGACCCGUCUGAAUACGGGUUUACCAACGAGCGCACAAAUAAACAUGAAUGUUCUUGAUCGUCCAAUAACGCAACAAGGAAUUGCCGGUGUUCGGCCAGGAACGACCCGGGGACUACCGAUCAACAGACAGAUCCAGGACAAACGGUACUACGAAGGUUUGGUACAGUUGAAAAUUCGAGAAUUGAGUCAAGAGAUUGGUACGAUAAGUCGAGAAAUAGAGGCUCAGAACAAAGAGAGAGCGACAUUCGUGCAUUACGACGAUCGAGCGAAAGAAUUGGCCGGAGAAUUGAGCGAAUUGCAGGGACAGCUGGCCGAUUACAAUAUAGUUAUCGACAAAGGUAAUUGGAACGUUGACGAGGAUGCAAUCGAGAAGGAAACUCGCGAGAUGGCAGCAAAAAACGAUGCUGCGUCGACGGAGCUGGAGCGUCUAUUCGAGCAGAGACGUCUAAAGGAGCAACAAUUACGAGAUGCCAUGGAAAAAAUUGAAUCGGAGCGAAAGAAUGCGGCAAGAGUUAUCGAGACGAUGGAUCGUUCGAGUCGUGAAAAAUAUUCGAGUCUGGAGGACGAAAAGUCGAAAUUGGAAAUAGAGAUUGGCAAGAUGCAACGAGAAAUAGACGUUUUGUCAGGUGAAAAGAGACAGCUCGAGGAAGAAAUAGCUCUCUCCCAAAUAAAGGGGGAAGCGGUGAAGUUACGAGUGAAGCUGGUUCAGCUCGAGGCCAAGAGAGACAGACUACAGAAGGAAGAAAUAAAUAAAACGUCGCCGGAAGAGGAACGGGAGCAUUUACUGUCGAAGGUUAAACAAGACAACAUGGACAUUGGGGCUGGUGAAAGGCGAAUAGCCGAUACCGAAAAGCGGAUAAACCUCGUUGAACAGGAGCUCGAACAAUUGGAAACUGAUUUGGAAGAGAGUAACACGGAGAAACAAGUGAAAUACAAAGAAUUGAGAAAACGGGAAGAAGCUAUGGAACAGUUUAUGCCCUCGUUCGAUAAUAACAAGAAAGAGGAGAUUGAAAAAAUGUCAAGUUUGGAGGCGAGUAUCGUCGAGCGCUUGGAGCAAUUGUCAUACGCUAUCGAGGAUAGGACGGGGGGAGGGGACGCGAGAAUAACACCGAGCGAAGAAAUAGCCCUCAUGCAACAGCUGGUGCAGACUUCCUCCCAUCAGAUCCCCCCAGACUCGAGAGAUGAUUACAGCGGCGAGGCGGAGCACCGCGAGCGAAGCGGUAGCAGCAGCAGCUUCGAGGGCUUGUCCAGAGAACACGGCAAUCUCCAACGGUCGCUCGCUAAGAUGGAGACUCUCGAAAAAAGGUUGAAGAACGAGCUUAACGAGCUCAACGAUCAAAUAAGUAAGAGACUGGACGAGCUCGUCGUACUUGAGGAUUUGGAUGGUUUGAAAGCGAAAUCGGACAUCGAGUACGAGAACCUCCUGAUCGAGAAGGACGAACUGAUGAAACGACAGCCGAUCUGUAAACAAGAGGUUGAGGCGACGAGAAUAGAGCACGAUAAAAUAAAAAAGGUGUUGGACAAAAAUGAAACGUAUCAACAAAUAAACGCUCUAGAGAUUAAACUGGAUCAAUUGAGAGAAAGCAAGAAAAAUAUCGAGGAGUAUAUCGCUGAAGGAAGAAAUCGCGUUAAUUAUCGGCCUCUUCGGGACAAAGCCUUGAAGCUCGCUAAUCGAUAUAACAUUGUGCUCGGAGCGCAGACCGUUGCGAAUACCGCAACCGCUUAUUGAUUCUUGCUCUCGUUCAAAUAAAUCAAUCGUAUCGUAAACGUUA